CCUGGUACAAUGAUAAGAAAAUCUGGAUCGGCAAUCAUAACAAAUGGCCGGAGUGGUGUCAAUACAAUUAGUCAUAAUGGAAGCAGAAUAUCUGUGGCAAACAGAAGUCAGUUGGAACCUAGUCCACAUGAAUUACCAGUUAAAGACACAGAUCAUGCUAUAGAUGUAGCUCAUGUUGAAUUAAACAUGGAUAAAACAUUAGUGUCCACACAACUAUGCAAUACAAUUGCGGAUGAACUUACACGAACUGCAGACAACGUUGUUCAACUGUAUAAACGUUUAACAAUUGAUAACGAUGGUGACCCUUCUAGAGAAACAAUCGACCGAGAUACAAUGCUACGUGGUUUGGAAUCAUCUGUUAACGAAACUAUGCGUACUCUACGAUUGGUUGUUGCUGGUAGUGAAAAUUGUGAUGACAGAAGUAGCGAAAGCGUUGUUACUAAUGAAGCGACGAUGAAAUUUCAAGAAUUACUCGCUGGUCAAGAUCAAAGUAAAGUAGUCAAUAUGAUGCAACAGUAUUCUGAGUUGCUUCUAACCAUGAUGCAACAAAGGAUGGGAGGGACUCAAUAAAGUCACAUAUAAAAUCCGUCCAUCUGAGAAUUAAUAAAAGAAAUAUUAUUGUCAUUGUGUAUUUAAUAUAUCGACGACAUAUUUACAAAAUAAUACCAAGAAUAUAUCUUGUAGUAAUCUAUUUCCAAAACAUUAUAUAAUUGAUAACUCUUCUUUUUAUUUGAGAAUUUAAAUGUAUUUUGCUUUAUAAAAAUGAAGGGAAUGUGUUUCCGCACAUAAAACCUA